GGUUUCAUUGACUCCACUGCUCAUUUCUCGUGACCAACCUUUUCCCUCUUCUCUCUCUCUCUCUCAGAACUCUUCUUUCUCUCUCUCUGGGACAAGGAAAUCACCUGGCUCGUGGAGUCAGUAAACUCUAUAACUGUUGGUCUUCUUCAACUCAUUCUCAAUUGCAGAAAAGCUUUCAUUUUUUUCUGAUAUGAAGAUUGGUGUUUCUUUGCAACGGACUUUCUAUGGUGUAUAAAUAUUGUCCCUUUAGCCCUUUCCUUCGUUCGAAAUCCUCUUUGGCUCGGAAACCUGUUUUCCCCUUCUGGGUUUUUGAGUUUUUGAUCCAUUAGCCUGGAUUAUGCACCUCUCCAAAAUCAGGGCUUCGGUUGAGUUCUUAUUUCUUCAAAAUCAAGACCCAGAAAAUGGGGCGCUUUUGCUUUCUGGGUUGUGAAGUCCAGGGUUUUCCCAGAAUCUGUGGCUACCCAUCAUAAAUUUUCCACUAGAAGCUGUUUAUUUCCAGGAAAGAAUAAAAGAGAGAAAGAAAGAGGCAUCUUUAAAAUGGCGUGUCUUUGCCUAUUUUCUUUCUUGCUACUUGGGAUUUUCUCAAGGUCUCAACUCGGCCACGCUCAGCUUCUCCAUGAAGAAACCACAUUGACAUUGCUGGCCAUUGGCACAGAACUUGGCCUAAAUUGGAGGACUCUGAACAGCUCAGAUUUCUGUUCUUGGCCCGGCAUUGUCUGCAACUCCAGCAAGUCCAUGGUGGAAAAGCUCGAUCUUUCUCACCGAGGCCUGCAAGGUAAUCUCACCCUAAUCUCUGAGCUCAAAGCAUUGAAGUGGCUCGACCUUUCAUACAACAAUUUCCAUGGCCCGAUUCCUCCCGCUUUGGGGAACUUAUCCGAGCUCCAGUUUCUUGAUUUAUCUUCAAAUAAGUUUAGAGGAUCAAUUCCUGUGGAUUUGGGUAGACUGGUUAAUCUUAGAUCGUUGAAUUUAUCCAAUAAUUUUCUCGAGGGAAGUGUACCUGAUGAACUUGAAGGGUUGGUGAAGUUGCAGGACUUUCAGAUUUUUACGAAUAAAUUGAAUGGUUCUAUCCCAAUUUGGGUGGGGAAUUUGAGUAAUCUGAGGGUGUUUACAGCCUAUGAGAAUGAAUUAGGAGGGAGGAUUCCGGAUAAUCUGGGGUCGAAUUCUGGGCUUCAGGUGUUGAACCUGCACUCGAACCUGCUCCAAGGGAUCAUUCCGAAGAGCAUUUUUGCCAUGGGGAAGCUGCAGACUUUGAUUCUGACUCAGAAUGCAUUGACUGGUAAUCUGCCUGAUGCAGUUGGGAACUGCAAGGCCCUUUCGAGUAUUAGAAUCGGGAAUAACAGGAUCAUAGGAAGCAUCCCCAAGUCGAUUGGAAACAUUAGCAGCCUUACAUAUUUUGAAGCUGACAACAACAAUCUCUCGGGAGAGAUUGUGCUCGAGUUUGCUCAAUGCUCCAAUCUCACUCUCUUAAAUUUGGCCUCCAAUGGUUUCUCCGGGACAAUUCCUCCCGAGCUUGGGCAGCUCACAAAUCUACAGGAACUGAUUGUUUCCGGUAACAGUCUGUUUGGAGAGAUUCCAGCGUCAAUUCGAAGCUGCAAGAAUCUGAACAAGCUCGAUUUAACUGAGAACAAAUUUAAUGGUACCAUUCCUGUAGAUAUAUGCAAUGCCACCAGAUUGCAGUACCUUCUACUUGGUCAGAAUUCGAUUAGAGGAGAAAUACCCCGCGAGAUUGGAAACUGCGUGAAAUUGCUUGAAUUGCAAAUGGGUAGUAACUAUCUGACCGGAAGUAUCCCCCCUGAGAUUGGUCAUAUCAGGAAUUUGCAGAUAGCGUUAAAUGUGAGCUUCAAUCAUCUCCAUGGACCGUUGCCUGCUGAAUUGGGUAGGCUUGACAAGCUGGUUUCUUUGGAUGUCUCCAAUAAUCAACUCUCCGGGAACAUCCCAUCUACACUCAAAGGCAUGCUCAGCUUGAUAGAUGUUAAUUUCUCAAAUAAUCAGUUUGUGGGUUCCAUUCCAACCUUCGUGCCAUUCCAGAAGAGCCCAAAUUCAAGCUUCUUUGGGAAUAACGGGCUCUGUGGACCACCGCUCAGUUCUUUGUGUGGUAACUCCAAUAGUUCAGACAACCAGAGUUACCAUCAUAAGGUUUCUUACAAGAUCAUAUUAGCUGUUCUUGGUUCCGGGUUGGCUGUUUUUGUAUCAGUGACAAUUAUUGUUCUGCUCUUCAUGAUGAGGGAAAGACAAGAAAAGGCUAGCAAAACUGCGGGAACUGCUGAUGACGCAAGUAAUAACCGGCCAUCAGCAAUAACAGCUAACAUCUUUGUUGACAAUCUCAGACAAGCAAUAGAUUUUGAUGCUGUUAUCAAAGCAACUCUCAAGGAUUCAAAUAAGCUGAGCAGCGGAACCUUCAGCACCGUCUACAAGGCAAUUAUGCCUUCUGGUAUGCUCUUAUCAGUGAAGAAAUUGAAAUCCGUGGACAGAACAAUAGUUCAUCACCAGAACAAAAUGAUCAGAGAGCUCGAAAGGCUGAGCAGACUCUGUCACGAUAAUCUAAUGAGACCCGUUGGAUAUGUAAUAUACGAAGAUGUUGCCCUUUUGUUGCAUCACUACUUGCCCAAUGGAACAUUGGCUCAGUUCCUUCACGAUUCUAGCAAGCUCCCGGAAUACAACCCCGACUGGCCAACAAGACUUGCAAUCGCCAUUGGAGUGGCAGAAGGAUUGGCGUUCCUUCAUCAUGUUGCCAUUAUACACCUUGAUAUCUCUUCGGGCAAUAUCCUGCUAGAUGCCGGUUACAAAGCGGUUGUCGGGGAAGUUGAGAUAUCAAAGCUCUUGGAUCCAUCUCGAGGCACUGCUAGUAUCAGUGCCGUUGCCGGUUCAUUUGGUUAUAUUCCACCAGAAUACGCGUACACAAUGCAAGUUACUGCACCGGGGAAUGUCUACAGCUAUGGCGUUGUUUUGCUUGAGAUUCUUACAACCAGGCUACCGGUUGAUGAGGCCUUUGGCGAAGGGAUCGAUUUGGUGAAAUGGGUUCACAGUGCACCGGCAAGAGGUGAAACCCCAGAGCAGAUACUCGAUGCAAAGCUUAGCACAGUCUCCUUUACCUGUAGAAAAGAAAUGCUUGCAGCUCUAAAGGUGGCUCUACUCUGUACUGACAGCACCCCAGCUAAGCGUCCCAAAAUGAAGAAGGUUGUGGAAAUGCUUCAAGAAAUCACACAAAACUAAGUACGACUUGUUCCAGCAACAGCAAUCCUCGAGCGAUAUGAAGCACCAGUUGUGAGGGAUAUGGCGCGUAUAUUAUGCAAAGUUCAACGAUGAAUUUGGUAAGCUCUUAUUUGCAGAUUGGGGGAGGGGGGCUUUCUUGCCUUAACCAUUGCCGCAUAUGUAUCGUAUAGGAUUGAUAGAAAAUGGCAUCGUGCAUGUAAUAUUUUUCAGAACUGGAGAAAGCAAUAGAUGGGGAGUUCAUUGGAGAAAGAGUCCUCCCUUCCCUUGAUUUCACUGCCAGCCCUUCAAUUUUACAAAACUGAAGUUUUGUGCCUUUGUAGAUUUGUAUUCUCGUCUAAAUAUAGCACACUAGUUGCGACAGCUGCCCUCCCACCUGUAUACCUCGUAACAUUUCCCCAUCUUUUCGUGAAAGCAGGUCACAAUUCCGAGCUGUGAAAACAGCAUCUCUUUUUUCUUUUUGUGCAUCUAAAUGAAUGAUCUUAUCUGACUCUUGUAAAAUAGGGAGA